GCAGACCCAGUAUUAGCAAGUAUGAAUCUGCAAGUCUUGAAUAAAAUUUAAAGCCAAACAAAAAACAGCAUGAGGAGCAGCAAAGUGAAGUUGUUCAGUCCACUGACAAUGGCCAAAAGACAUCUAAUGUUGUGGAUCUUCGCUCUGUGUGUUUCACUCAAACCCUCAGUUGGUCACAUUCCUGAACUAGAUGGAAAAAAGGUUUAUGAGAUUGUUCGACCAAUCAGAUUACAUGCACUACAAAAAAGAGAUUUAAAGUCAAGACCUGACACAGUGAAAUACGCUAUGAAACUAGGCGGUAGAGACAUUGAAAUGCAUCUCCAGAAAAAUAAUGGCAUACUGACUAAAGACUAUAGUGAAACUUACUACACUAAAGAUGGGAUGCUUGUCACAACCACACCUGAGGAUCUGGAUUUAUGCUAUUAUCAUGGGAAAAUAGUCAAUGACAGUAAGUCGUCGGUUAGCAUGAGCACCUGCGAUGGAUUACGAGGCUAUUUCCAAACAGAGGAGCAGAGGUUUCUGAUUGAGCCGUUGUCUCAGGAUGGUGAUGGUGACCAUGCUGUCUCUAAGUAUGAAGAUGUAAAUGAAGAGACGCCUAGGGUGUGUGGAGUCACCAACACUAGUUGGGACGAGAGUGAGGAAGGCGCUCCUCCACGCAUUCUCAAAAGUCGUUCUCGUUCCUCAGGGCCAACUUUUUUCCAGCAACAAAAAUACAUUGAGUUCUUCCUUGUGGCAGACAACAGAGAAUACAAGAAGAUGGACAGCAAUCUUGAGAAGCUGAGAAAGAGGAUAUUUGAGAUCAUCAAUUACAUAAAUAAUGUAUAUAAAGAAAUCAACACAUUUGUUGCUCUAACUGGAUUUGAAGUCUGGACAGAUAGUGAUAAGAUAACAGUGUCUCCUUUUGCUGGAGAAACCUUGGACAGAUUUACCCAGUGGAGGAACAGCGAUCUCAUCAAAAGACAGCAGCACGACAAUGCCCACCUCCUCAGUGCAAUUGACCUUGACAGAGCAACUGUGGGUCUAGCUCACACUGGAGCCCUGUGUGGAGGUCUUUCAACAGGGAUUGUGCAGGAUCACAACUCUAACGCUAUAUCAGUGGGGGCUACUAUGGCCCAUGAGAUGGGGCACAAUCUGGGCAUGAGUCACGACAGCAGCAGCUGCGUCUGUUCUGAUGGCACUUGCAUUAUGACAGCUGCCCUCAGCUAUUUCAUCCCACAACACUUCAGCAGCUGCAGUACUAGUAACUAUGUGGACUACCUGAACAACAAAAACCCAGAAUGUCUUCUGAAUAUGCCCAAACCAAAAGAAUUGAUUCAGCCACCUGUAUGUGGAAAUGGAUUUGUGGAGACAGGAGAAGAAUGUGACUGUGGAACGGUAAAGGAGUGUACAAACCCAUGCUGCAAUGCAACCACCUGCAAACUGACAGAGGGCUCACAAUGUGCAACAGGAGAAUGUUGUGAGAAUUGUAAGAUCAUGUCAGCCGCACAUGUGUGUCAUCCAAAAAAUGAUGACUGUGAUUUGCCCGAGUCAUGUACUGGAAAAUCAGCCUGGUGUCCUGAAGAUGUCUUUGCAGUCAAUGGAAUCCCUUGCAAGAAUGGUACAGGCUAUUGCUACAAUGGCCAGUGCCCACAGAGAGAGGAGCAGUGCAUUAAAAUGUGGGGUCCAACUGCUGUGGUGGCUCGAGAAUCUUGCAACAACUACAACACAAGAGCAGAAUACUACGCCUACUGCAAACAUAAUGGCGUUAAAUAUAUUGGAUGCCAAAGACAAGAUGUGAUGUGUGGAAAACUGUUCUGUGAAAAUGGCAAUGCAAGUCCCAAUUAUGGACGGCUGGUAAAAGUCAAAGAAUGUAAAGCCACAUUCCACAGCGAUCCUGAAAAUGAUUAUGGCCAAGUCGACACUGGCACCAAAUGUGGGGAAGGGAUGGUUUGUAACCAGAAUGAGUGUGUUGACCUAGAGACAGCUUACAAAGCAACAAACUGCUCAGCCAAGUGCAAAGGCCAUGCGGUUUGUGACCACAGAAUGGAGUGCAGAUGUCAACCUGGAUGGCUGCCGCCAGAUUGUGAAACACCAGCAGAAAGUGAUGGUUUGUCUAAAGGUGUGAAAAUAGCCAUUGCUGUGGUUGUCUGUGUCCUGAUUGGGAUACUUCUAUUUGGACUGGCCGCCUUCUUUUACAAGCGCAGAAAGAGCACACCACAUUCAUUCCGCCAUCCAAGGCUGCAGCAAGUUCAUGUAGUCGACAUCCCUGACUACAGCCUUCAGUCGAUACCAAAUCAGAAGCCAUCUCCGGCAAUAAGGCCUACAGCACCUCCUCCACCUCCACCCUCUUCAGUCCAAUCCAGAGUUCUACAUAAUGACUUUAUAAAUGCACGGCAGGCUCUUAGACCACCUCCUCCAAGGGUGUGAUGUCUAGCACCUGUCAAACCUCAAGAAGUGGAACCAUGCAGCAGAUUGGAAUGGUCAGUCACUCCAGAACCUGCAGAAGUGUUAGGAGACUGAGGCUUAGUAAACCCUUCAAGAAAAAUCUAAUGUCUGUGAAAAUAAGCCACAUGCUUAGCAUAAAUAUGAGACUGACACACGGAGUUAUAAUUUGACUGUGUAAAAAAUUGUCCUUGCGUUAAUGAAUUUGAAGUCAGGUUUGUUUUUAACUGAAAAUGAUCUCUUUUUUUAAAUUUCAUUUUAUUUGUACAGUCUGUUUCUGUGUAAUUGAGCCUGCCUUAUGUACAGUAGAUUUUUUAUGAUUUUUGAUCAGCUAUUUCUUCAUUGCAAUGUCAACCAAGGUGAAAACAACUGUUCUUUUUUAACAUAUAUAUAUUUUAAAAUUGUUACAAUGCGCUUUCAAGAGAUAUCAAACAAAAAUGCUUAAAACAUAAUUUUUUGUGUGUUUACCAUUUAGUUUUGUAUUUAUGAAAACUUGUAAAAUGCAAUGUGAAUGUAUGAAUGAAAUAUAUUUUAAUGUUGAAUCACAUUCAGGUGACUGAUUUUAAAAGACAAAAUAUGACCAAACAUGAGGUCCACAGUAUUUCAGUUUUUAUUUGUUGUCUUAACUGAUACAUCUACAUAAUAUCAAGAAUUUCUGGUGGCCUCGCAUUACAAGCACUUGAUAAAAUGGUUGUUCAAUUAAAUCCCCAUAUUGUAUUUUUAAUGAUGCUAUAGUUGUGCAUCAACAUUUCUACACAUUCCCACAGAUGUGUUUCAGGGACCUCAUUGAAUCUCUGAGCCUGUGAAGGCCUAAUACUCAACAUUUCAUUGCACACAGAAACUUAAUAGAUUCAAACUUCCUCUUUCUUCCACUAAAGAAGUUCAGGUUGCCAGUACACCAAGACCAGCCCACACGCUGUUAAACCAUUCAAGGAAAACUGUAUACCUGAUCCCAGACAAGCUGCUUAAUCUCAUCUCAGUACUUCCAUUGGUAUCAUUUGAAAUACAUGCAAAUAAAUGUAGAACAUUUUCCCUUUGGAGUCCACAGACAUACUGCACUGAUUUGAUCAUGCAAAACACACACAUACACGCUUCAGGAAAUGCUGUAUGCCGGAAGGUCGCACUGCAAUCACAUAUUGAUUUCUCAUAAAAGCUGAUACACAAAGCUGAGCAUGACAUAGUCAUAUUAUUAGAUUUGCAUGCUUUUGGGAUGAAAUAAUGAACUCUUUUAAAUCAAUCUCGUGUGAAGAACUGGUUCUGUAUUUAAAAAAUAAAAUAAACACACAAAAACAUUUUACAAAAUUAACUGAUGUCUAAAAUGUACAUUUCAAAUGCUUCCAGAAAAUGGGGUGUGUUGCUCGUGCAUAGCAUUUAACACCAUC